ACCAGGUCUUGAGCUGAUUUCAUCCUCUCAAGAGGAACUGAAGCUGAAGCUCAGAUGGGGAACUGACAGCGCAGAAGGAGGACUAACCGAACACAUCCACUCCUCAAGGAACGUCGAGAGCAGUUUCUGACGGGAAUAUAAACAACAGCAGGAGUUACACUGUUUCCAGAUGCAGGGAAUUAUUUGGUACUUUGUUAGUUAGUUAGUCGCUGUGAAAGUGGAUGGAUAUAAGUCUUUUUUUGACCCCUCGAGGAAGUUUUUAGCCGCCUGGCUAACUAACCAGCCGUGAGAUAUGAAGACUUCGGGUUCAAAACAGAGUUACAGACUCAGUAUUUACUCUAAAUGAACUGUUUUAAAAACAUAUAUCUCGGCGAAGUCGAACAUAUGUAUAGUGAAACAGCGAACAAGUUUGCCUAACUCAAUCUGCUUGGCAGUGUUUGACACGAGGUUUCGUCAUAUAAACAUGAUCAGGUUUAGCUUUGACAGUGGACUCACUUUCCCACACUCCUGAUCUACUCCACCCAGAGGCAUGUUCUCUCAUGCACAAGUACAUGGGGUGGGUGGAUCACCUGUCUAAGACUACAAAGUGAAGGAAGAAUGGCAGAGGAACCGAAUCCUACAGAGGAAGCGUUCUUUUGUGAACUGUAUUAACUUCCCUACACUACGAAUUAAGGGUUUCUUCCUUGAUAGGUUUGCUGUUGCAAUGCGACACACUCCUGCGGUGUGACGGCAGCCUUGUCGUCAUGCUGGCCCUUGGAGUGGACCAUGUAAAAAGAGGAGGGAAUGUCGCCACAGGAGGGAAGACGGUGACGACGUCAGCACGGCCGAUCACACGAGAACCUGCCGUCAACAUCAAGCAGAAAAUCUCCCAGUGGGAGGGACUUAGCCAGCAGGAGGACGUUCGAAGUGGGAAUAUUAAGCCCCAGCGGGCUCUUGCAUCUAGUAGGCUUUCAGAGGGCUUCCUUGGAAAUGGACUUGACGGCAAUGAUGGAGGUCACAACAAAGCAACUGUAUCAAAAGCCAAAAGCCUGGGUUUAGAUUUCAGGGAAAACCAGAUGACUAUUAGACCGGUUACAGGAGAAAUCCAAUCUGAUUUCCUAAGAAAUGGAACUAAUUCGAAUAAAUUUGUAACAUCAACUCCUGUGACUAAGCCUUUAAGCACUGUAACCCAAGGCCAAGUGGCUAAACUGAAUGUUAAAAGCAAUAAUAUCAAGACAAACCAUUGCACAGAUGACAAAAACACAUCUCUACCUCAAUGUGUAGAUGAUCCAGAGGCGUCAUUGCCUCCAGGGAACUUUUACACUUCCAGGGGUUUCUGGAAACGACUGGAGGCAGAUGAACCUUUGUGGGAGAAGGAUUCCUCUUUGGUGACGAAGUGUCUUGGUGAAAUUGGACCUUCUUCUCCUCCACCUAAACCACAGCGCACAUUCCAGUACAAGGGUGCAAGCAGUCCGCCCGUCCAGUGGAUCCAAUUAGAGAACCAGACUCCAUCAGUCAGCAAAUCGAAUCAAGUCUGGAAGCAUGACAACAUAUUAAAGCCACCCAGCUGUCCACCUCCUCCUUGUCCAGUUAACGGGUUUUCCAGAAACAGAAAGAACAGGAAGUCAUUUGAGUUUGAGGAUGUGGUACAGCUGACAGCCCAACAGGCCUCUAGAGGGAAGGAGGGCCGCCGUUCGGGUCUUUUCCAUGCCUGGUCUGAAGACAGCAUCUAUGAGGAUGUCAUCUUGGAUAUAUCAAAAGAGAACCCAUAUGAAGACAUCAAACUUUCACCUAUGUGUUUACCUAUAAGACGGCCACGAAACUACACAGUUGGACAGAGAGAGAGCCCACACAUCAAGAUCUCACAGAAAACGUUCACGCUGUUACCUAACAGCGACAGGCUGGAUAAAAUGGGGAGGGACCGCAAAGAAUCCAUUACGUCACCUACACGUCCCUCCACUACAAACACUCCUAAAUCAUCAGCAGCCAAACUUGCUACUACGUACAAGACAAACCGACAACCCCCGCUUGUAAACAGAAUCCAGGAGAUAUUUGAAGCCAAAAGAGGAAGGAAACGAGUAUGGGUGACAGCUACCAGAGAUGAAUUGAGUGGAACAGAGAGUGAUCCUGAGGAGAGCUCUAAAGAUCGCUCCCAGCGCACAGUGUACAUUCAAUCAACUUUAAAGCGACGACCGGGUUACCGCACUUUAGAGAGGGACCUGAUCCAACUACAAGAGCAGCAGCUUUUCCAGCAAUUUGUAGUUGUGUCACUUAAAAAAGCUUUAUCCGGAAACACAUACAUCCCUGAAAUCACACAACAGUUCCCUACUAAGUUUGAUAAGUCUUCACGUCUGACUCGUGAGGCUGAAGACAGAUUAAAGGCGAUUCCCAACUUUUGUUUUCCUGACUGUCAUGACUGGCGUCCCUCUUCGGACCACACCAGUGAAACAUUUUCUUUUGUCCUAACGGGGGAGGAUGGGAGUCGCUUAUUUGGAUACUGCCGCAAAAUCCUGCCCAGUGGGAAGGGGAAGAGACUGCCUGAAGUUCACUGCAUCAUCAGCAGACUGGGCUGCUUCAAUCUCUUCUCAAAGAUCUUGGAGGAGGUGGAGAGGAGGAGAGCGAUUUCCCCGGCCUUGGUUCAUCCUUUCAUGCACAGUGUCAUGGAGGCUCCCUUCCCUGCUCCUGGACGCACCAUCACCGUCAAGAGCUUCCUGCCGGGCUCUGGCAAUGAGGUUCUGACUCUGUGCAGGCCGGUGGACUCUCGUUUGGAGCACGUGGACUUUGAGAGUUUGAUGCACUGUCUCAGUGUGCCCAGACUGCUGCAGGUCUUUGCUUCUCUGCUGCUGGAGAGGAGGGUGAUCUUCAUCGCAGACAAACUCAGUGUCUUAUCCCGCUGUGCCCAUUCUGCCUUGGCUCUGUUGUAUCCCUUCACAUGGCAGCACACAUUCGUGCCGGUGCUUCCUGCCAACAUGCUGGACAUAUGCUGCUCUCCCACUCCCUUUGUGCUGGGGGCGCUGUCUCCGUCCCUGCCUGAGGUGCGGGAUAUGCCCAUUGAGGAGGUUCUUAUUGUGGAUUUGUGUGCAGACAAGUUUGUUGUUCAGCUUGGAGAUGAGGACUGUAUCUUACCUAGAAAGCUGCAGGCAGCGCUUCAGGAGAUACUGGACAACAGGGAGGAGAUCCUAGAACAAAACACAACAGACGGGGAAGGAGAUCAAUCAGACCUGAGCACUUUGGUGUCAGAGGCGUUUGUGUGGUUCUUGGUUGAGCUCGUCGGGCAUUAUUCUCUCUACAUGAGCGACACGGGACCCAGUGGCACCCGAGAGCUGCAGAGAGAUGCUUUCAGGAAAUCUCAUCCUUCCCGAGGAGUGCGACAGUUUCUCCAGCUCUUCAUGGACACACAGAUGUUUGCUGGUUUCAUUCAUGACCGAGAGCUCAGAAAAGGGGGUGUUAAAGGGCUGUUUGAAAUGAGAGCAGCAGAAUAUUUGGAUUCGUAUCCUGAACCUGAACCUAGUGGAGUCAACAAAUUUCUCAAGGGGCUUGGAAAUAAAAUGAAAUUCUUGCAGAAGAAAUAGAGAACCGUGUCAGACCCCAAGUACGAGCGGCUUUUUUUCAAAAGCGUGUGAUGACUCAACCAGCAUGUCAGUUCCUCUCCCUUAGCCAACACACAAGGGUGGAGAUGAGGUCAAGGCUGGAAUCAGCUUGUUCUGCCCUGAAAAUCCCCUGCUUGGAUUUGCCAUUCCAUCACAAAAUAGGAAAAGACUGGAAAUUAUAGUUAGUAAGCACAAGGAACAAAGACGACUGAAUUACAACAGAGAGAAAAGGGAGGAGUCUGUGUUGUGUUAUUGUAAUUUUGAUGGCCUAAAUAAGGAAAGAAAUUACUUUGAAUGCAUAAUAACAAGAGUUGGGUUAAUGGCCUUGUCAGAGGUCUGAGAUGUUUUAUUGUCUUUAUAAAGUAAUUUUUAUUUAAGUAUACAAUAAGGAAAACUUACGUUUUAACCGAAAACUUUUUACAACUGAAGAAAAUAUGAUGAAGGAUGACUUCUAUUCCCCUUCAGGAAUUAAAUUAUGAUUCUUUAUAUGACAUAAAUUGCAUUUCCAGGUUAUUAUUAUUAUUAUUUUUUGCUACAUUUUCUUUAUUGUGAAAUAUAAAUGCAAAUGUUUAUUUUUCAGAGGCUUUUACUGUACAGUUUUGUUUCUGGUGCAAUGUUGGAAAGGAAGUGUGAAACCGUGUGAUCUUGAUGUGGAAAUUGAACAGUUUGAAGAAUGUCAAGCGAAUGGGAAUGUAUAGGGUGCACGGGUUUAAAAUAUAUGGGAACUAAUAAUGAAAGUAUACAGGGAGUAUACAGUGUUAUUAAAAAUGUACACUUACAGCAGUAAUGUGAAUUUGUGGCUACUUGAAAGAAGCUAAUUGGCUAUAUCAUAGUUUUGACUAAAUUUUGGAUAUAAGUGCAUUUGUGUUAUUUAAAUAUUCCUUAACAUGUAAGAAGUAAUAACUAGUGUAUAAGUAGUGAUCCACUGAAUUCAAACUUUCGAAUGGAAACGUUACUUUAGAGACAGAGGCAUUGUUGAUAGGUCUGUGUAACAAAACCAGUCCAAUCAAAUAUAGGGCAAAACAAGCCCAUUGGACCCCAUCCAAAUACCCCACU